UCGUGGUGCAGUGCGGUGCUCUAAGAUAAGAUAACCUUUUCAAUAAAGUGAUAGUAAUAGUGAUUGUAUUCCAUUAUUCGUUGCGAUUACUGAAAAUGUAGACGUAAAGUAUACGUAACGUGAAGUAUAUAUUUUCAGUAUUCACACUGAAUAAUGGAAUGUAGCCAGUAGCCAGUGGUUAUAUUCGGACGAAUAUUUUCAAACUUAUUUUCGUUUUUCUAAUUAUGUUAUGUUUUUAGACGCAUAUCAAAGGCAGAGAGAAAGAGAGAUAAGGACGGAAAGAGCAGGAGGGAGAGAGAAAGACAGAGAGAGGCAGAGAGAGAGAGAGAGAGAGAGAGAGAGCGCAACCAUUCGGCGAGAUGCCUCGACCACCUGAUGCGGUGGAAAAACGUUGGUUGUCAUUAAGAGAUAUGUUCAGUAGAGAAGCUAGAAAAAAGUUAUUGCCAUCGGGAUCAGGUUAUCAACCUAAAAAAGAAUGGGAACUAUACAAAAUGAUGCUUUUCUUAUCUCCUCAUAUAGCACACAGACGAACAAAAACGUCACUACCAUGCCGAUUGAGUUGUUUAGUACCCUCGGAGACUGAAAUAAAUAAUUCUUCAAGUUUUGAUGGAUCUGUUCCUUCUCCAAUAGCAGACUAUGACAAUAUUGAAAGUGAGAAAGAAAAUAACAUACCAAACGAAAAUGAAGUGAUUAUAACAGUUGAUUAUCAAUCUGAAUCAAGUCGUCCUCCUAGUGUAUUAUCUAGCUUUUCCUGCAGCAGUAAUUCAUCUAACAUAUCUAAGAUACACUUUCCGAGAACAUCAAAUUUUGGUACACAGAAUGCAAUAAGUUCUCCAUUUAAGAAUAUAAAAAGUGUUACGCCUGAAUUGGAUACUUUUGCAAAACGUCGAAAACAAAAGGAUCUACUAAUUGACCAACAAUUAUCCGAAGCGUCUUCUGCAAUAUCUCAUGCUGUACAAUCAAUUUCAUCUUAUGUGUUAAACGAAAAUAAAAGUGGUUACAUGUUAGCUAUAGAAGAAGGUAUAAAAUAUAUUCCUGAUAAACAUAAAACUCAGUAUUUCAUAGAUUACAGAUAA